CAAGACUUUCCGUCAUCAUGCAGCUAUUAACGUCUCCAAUAGCUCCACCUCAGCACAUACAUAGUACAGUUUAGGUUGCGCAGUCGCAUUAAACAGGUCAUAUUCUAGCAGCCUAGGUACUGUACCUAUCAGCCUUCUGUUUCUAUAGCUCAUUUUUCACUUCUACAUCCCUCAAUUCCACCCCUCUCGACUUACUAAUCCCUAACGAUGAGUGACGACGAGGAUAUCCAGGUCGAAGGACCAAUUCUAGAGGAGGAUGACCCUAUGCGCGCCUUCUUGCCUACCUCAUUUGGUAAAAAAUCUAAAGAGGCUGAUAUAGCUGCGCAAAUCGACCGAAGCAAGAGAACAGUCAAUGAGCCGAUAGCGACCAACCCCAAAUCUCGAGAUUCCGACUCGGACGACUCGAAUGACUCGAAUGAAAGCGAAGAUGACUCGGACGACGAUAACGACGAUGACGAGUACCCGACUUCCCACGAGAUGGUCAUUAAAACCCACGACCGUGCUGUCACUUCAAUUUCGCUAGAUCCCGCAGGCGGCCGGUUAAUAUCAGGCUCUAUUGACGGUACUGUCAAAUUACACGACUUUUCCUCCUUGACACCGACAACUAUUCGCGCUUUUAAGAGUGUCGACCCCUACGAAACAAAAGCGUCAGCGGCGGGUUCAGAAUCGCAUCCUGUUCAUCAUGUCGAAUUUAAUCCCCUCGCCGGCGGCAUCUUCCUCUGUAUAUCAGCACAUCCUCAAGCUAAGAUAUUAUCUCGAGAUGGCGAUAUCAUAACCGAGUUCGUUAAAGGUGACAUGUACCUGCGAGAUAUGCAUAAUACGAAGGGUCACGUCUCUGAGGUUACAACCGGUACGUGGCAUCCCACAGACAAGAAUCUUUGUGUCACCGCCGGAACAGACAGCACGUUGCGCAUAUGGGAUAUCAACAACAAGCGCAGUCAAAAGGACGUCAUAGUAUUUAAGUCAAAAGCUGCUGGCGCAGCGGGCAGGACACGGAUGACCGCUGUUGCCUGGGACGCACCGACCCAGGGAGGUAACAACGUCCUUAUUUCUGCCGCUCUGGAUGGUAGUUUGGUGAUGUGGGGUGGAAACGGCCCUUUCACGCGACCGUCAGGAGAAAUAAAGGAAGCCCAUAAACCAAAUACAUGGACCGGAGGGGUAGACAUUAGCUCAGACGGACGAAUGGUCGUAACCAGAGGAGGCGACAAUCUAAUCAAAUUAUGGGAUACGCGGAAAUUCAAAGAGCCUCUCGUCUCGGUCGAGCACCCCUCGACGUCGGACCACUACUCAUCGACUAAUAUUAAAUACGCGCCGAAUUCCACAAGUAUUAUUACUGGAUCGGCGACGGGGCAUCUUCAUAUACUAAACCCAGGAAACUUGCGCCCCGAGUAUGUUACACCGGUAACACCCGGAUCGCCGGUAAUCACAGUGGAUUGGCACCCAAAGAUUAAUCAAAUCAUAACCGGCUCUGCGAAUGCGGAGACGCACAUUCUAUACAACCCUACGAUGUCGACGAGAGGUGCGGUGGAUGUCAUGUCGCGCGCGCCGAAGAGACGACACAUCGAUGACAACCCAGAGUUUACUACCGACCAAUCUAUGGGUCUUUCUGGAGAGUCGAUUAUUACUCCAGGAGCUCUAGCGGGUACGAAGAAAACGGGUGUCACAGCAUCUGGAAGAUCAAAAGAUCCUAGGAGACCACAUGUUCCUCAACAAACACCCUUUUUGCGGAGCCAACCUGACGAAAAGCAUAUCAGUCAAAAUAUCCCAUUAAGUCGGAUGUUACACGAGGAUCCUAGAGAAGCGUUGCUCAAGUAUGCUGACUUGGCAAAGAAGGACCCCGUAUUUACGAAAGCUUGGAAGGAUACACAGCCAGUGACACAGUAUGCCGAUGUGAGCGACGAAGAGGAGGAUGGUCCAGAAAAGAAGAAAGUCAAGAGAUGAUACGGGUAUUAUCGAGGAAAUGGAUAAACCAGAACCCCUCAAAAGUUGGGGUACUCCCUAAGGAUAGUCUACCCUUUGAAGCUAUUUGUCCGGAAAUCACGUAAGACCUUCUUCGUAUGAAUAUCCGUGGGUUCUAUAAAGCUUAUCCUGUAGCACUGCCUAGGUACUAUAUGAGUAUGUAGGAUCCUAGCGUUCUGUACGGAUGGAUCCCUAUGAAAAAGGUAGGCCCAUAGAUCGACGUACUAAACUACCUAGUUACCUCCAGCUACCUCUUAAGGUACAUAGGGAUUAGAUCAACUAGCAAAAGGCGCUUGGAAGGAAUUUGCAUCGUCAUGGAUAAGAACGCAUAUUAUUAUGGACGGACACUUUAUGUGGUCUAUACUUGAACGUAAAACAAUCGUUCUUUUUUUUUUUUUUUUAAAAAAAUUUUUAAUGAACGUAAAUAUUUUGAAGUGAAUUAAUCCACUAAAUACUGUCAUUCA